AGUUGUUUACUGAGUUGUGUUGCAGUGUGCUUUGCUAGAUUAAAUUGUCUUAAUUAGCUAAACUUUCACUCUAAUUAACCAAACUGAAUAAGAUGGACAGUGCAUUACCAUUUAAAUGAAUAGUUUUUCGCUCCAACAACUUUUUUUUUCUUUUUUCUAGCUAAUGAUUAAUCACAACGGCCAGAAGAUGUUUAAUUACGUAAUGAUAAAAGUCAGGAGACUCACCAAAGAAAUGUUUUGUCAAAUUAUACCCUUGGCUAAAGGAGGUCGGCUAAGGCAGAAAAUAUAAUUGGAAGUGGGAAAUAUAACUUAAGCUACCCCCAAAAGUAGCUAAAACGUUUGUCAGACAUUGACCAGUUUUACACCUCCACGCCGUGGUUAGCUGACACCUGCUAACUGAGGCUAACUACUCCUUACCCUGUUUUUAGAAAAUCGAGUAGGGAGCUACAUUUUUCAACCACGUGUGAAACGACAGUUUCAGUGAUGUCAGUGCUGCUUGUCUAUGUGGACAUGCAGAGGUACUGGUGGCCUGGCUAUGAGAUGCAGCUUCUUGGUGAGCUGCAGAGACAACAAAACAGUGCUGAGUUCUGUGAUACUCUGUUACAAACUGAGGGUAUCUCAGUGCCAACCCACAGUUGUGUCCUGGCAGCUCUCAGCCCCUACUUGUUUCAGAAGCUGUCAACGUCCCCGUCUCCUCCAUGCGGACAGAAGCGUCGACUCCAGCUCCAGUCUGUGAAGGCCCAUACCCUGCUGAAGGUGGUUGGUCUUCUGUACUCUGGGAAGUUAGAGGUAACAGGGAGCCUUCAGCAGAGUGAUGUGCUGGCUGUGGCACGGCAGUUUGGAAUCGCAGACUUAGCUGAAGGACAGAAAGAUGGGAUGGCGAAGGAAGGGCAAUUACAGGAGAAGAGGCAGAGGGCCGGGAGUUGUAGUGACACUGGCUUUUAUGGCAGUGAGAGGGGUGAAAGCAGGAAAAUGUGGGAUGCACAAGUUCAGGCUGAGCUGGCUGGAGAGAGAGAGACCUAUUCUCCAGCUGAAAACAGAAGGUAUGUUUCCACAGGUACACAGACCGUCAAAGCUGUUGAAAAGUCAGUGGAAAGUUUUGUUAAUUUCUUUGGCCAAACUACACACUCGGCCCCAGAGUCUGUGCCUUCUGUAGCUCCGAAUUUGGAUUUUUCUGCCAUGUGGGAACCUCAGAUCAUCACACUUGAUAAACAGCUUUGCUUCACGUCUGGCCCAGUCAUUCCUAGUAUGCCCAAUGGAGCAACAAAUGAUGGAGAAUCUACAUCAGGUCAAUCCUCUGGCAGUGUAAUAAAUCCCAAGUCAAUUCCAGCUUUGUCCAACAACAUGACAGCCUUCCCUGUUCCCCUUACUGGGGACUCAAACCCCUUCACCAGCCUACGGUCAUAUGGGUGUGGGGACAGCACACAGGUGCUGGCUGAGAAAGCGACAGGACUGGAGAAUGGAAACCCAAAUGAUGAGAUGGCUGACAGAAGAGAAAACAGAGAGCAGCCCAGCCAUGCCAGCAGAGAUGAGACUGUAGGAGAAGAAAGAGGCAGGUGUGCAGAGGUGGUGCAUGCACCUGCCAGUGAGGGAGUGAGGGGCCCUUCCCUGGUGAAGCAGAUGCAACAGAUGGUUGAGACCACACACAUUUCUAUCAAGGUGAAGCUGAGGAGGAGAACUAAAGGAGAAACAUGGGAGGUGGUAAGCAUGCAAGACCCGGAUGAGACUGAGCCAUUUGCCUUUCAGAGACAGGAUGGCUCCAACCACAGAGAGCCACAGACAGACCUUAUGCCCACAACCCAACCUCCUCCCUCUGCUGUUGAUGUGAGCGUAGUUUGUAAACCAGAUGCCCCAAUUCUUCUGCCUGCUACCACCGGCACCCCAAAGCUACCACCUCAGUCCAGUCCCUCCAGUGACAGUCAGCCUCCCUCCAGUGACUGCUUCACCCCAAACCAAAACGACGGUGUUGAGGCAGCCCUGCUACCCCAGCCUCAGGACUCUGUAGAGGAGUCCGACGAGCAGCUAGAGAAGCUGCUGGAGGACAUCAUGAUAGGCCUCAACAUCUUGCCCAACUUGGAGAGAGACUGCAAGGCAUCUCUUCACCCCCAACCAAGCCAUGACAGAGUAGAGAGCAGUUGCCAGGUCCUAGACUCACAGAAUGAGGCAGAGGACAGUCAGAUGCACACUGCUGUCAGUGCAGCAGUGUGUGCGCUUUGCCAGGAUUUGGGGACACAAAGUCAGCAAUCAUCAGCAAAUACAGGUUCCCCCUGUUGUUUCACUGCUCACAACCAGCCAGAUUCAAGCCUGUUUGUACAGCCCAGUGCUGUGCUUCUCCAGCAGCAGCAGUGCUCUGCUCAGUAUCACUCAUCUGUUAUGUCCAUGGGUCACAGAGAUGGGCUGAGCCAGCAGAGCAUGCCACUGACUAAAAGCCAAGAACAUCUACAACCUGAAGAACCAACAACAAGACCGGCCUUACCUUCAGCUCUCUUCUCUGCAGGGCAGAAGCUACAUUACCCAGCAUUCCAGGAAUCAUCUUCACAAGACAAUCAGCACGCCUUUGAGUUUGUACCCCUGAUAACUGGAAAUGAGACACAGUCCUUGCAUACUGUCUUCUUACCUUGCAUGGAUGACUUGGGGCUUCCUCGAUGCCUCUCUCCAUUAGGGCCAUGCACCUCAGCGACAAAGCAUCAUGCUGCCCUCAACAACCCAGCAAACCUUGGUUAUAAAAUUCAGCAGCAGCCCUCUCCACACGUGCAACCUUGGCUCACAGAAAACCCUGGAUCACUACAGUUUCCUCUGAGUGCCAUCACUCACAGAAAAAAUGCAAGCGUGUCUUUAUCGCAAGAUACAAAAUGUAGCUGUUGGACACAGCGAUGCCAGGAACAUCUGGCACCGAAUCCACAGAAUGGGGGGACCUGGACAGAAUCCUGUGCUGUGAAAAAGGUGAAACGUGGCACAACAAUAUGUGCUGGUCAGCAGAAUGGGAAGGGACUGGAAUAUGACCCUAGGAAGAUGAAGGAAAGUUUAAAAUGCAAAGAAGGUGACAUGAUAGGGGAUGCUAUAGCACCUAAAAAGAGAAGGCACCCAAGUCAUUCACAACAUGCUGCCAAUUAUCCCAUUGCAUACAAAAAUGUAAAAGUCAGUGAUGGAACAAUGGGUCAGAUGAACUUGAGCGUUUGUUCAGUCAGUUUGUCAAGCAACAAUGUGCUGGUGAAUGAAAGAGAAAUGGCCGCAUCAUCCAUCACAAGACGACCAGGGGAUUUCUGA